AUGUCCUUUGUCGACCUCAAACACAUCCCCUGCCCUGCCGGAGACAGGUGCACCGCAUUCCAGUGCCUCUUCCAGCAUAAAGAUGACAGGGAUAAAUUGGCGGCUCCUUCGGUCCCGGCACUUAACACGUCAGGAACGUCGGUCAAGAGGCCAACAGAUACCACGACGGAUGCAAUCCGGGAUGGCCCUCGGAAACGUCUGAAGGCUGCUCAAGACGUCAAGGACCCCCCCAAUCCUGCAAGAACACCUCCUUCUGUCAAAACCGCCUCAAAACAUGACACCACCACAUCGAGACCAGAUGACACUUCUUCAACUCUCGCCCGGCCCAUCUCACCUCCACUUAUAAAUCGCCCAUCCUCCUCCUCCUCCCCGGCCGGGAAGAAGCUGUCCCAGUCCAACCUACCCGCACCUUCCUUUGCUUCGUCCGACCUCAAAAAGUCGUUAAAUCACCCUGAUCCCACUAGAUCCUCUCAUUUAUCUGCGCCCAGGAAGCCAGAGGCUCUGACCCCUCGUUUACUCAAAUCAUCCCCGGCCAAAUUCGAUAUUCGAUACAAGCUCGUGCAGAUGCUACACGGCGAAUAUACUCGCCUCAACAACGAACUCAAGAAGACCGCCAAAGACGCCGAAGAGAAGCAACUCAUUCUCACAGACCAGGACCUCAUCUGGAGAGUCCUUGACGAAGAGGAGACUAUCGCUAUCGAGAAAGGCGCCAUCUACUCAAACGUAAUCAAAAACAAAAUCAUGCAGUACAAGAAGAUGACACUGCUGCAGUGGAAGGACGAGAGGGUCGUCCACUGCCACCAGCAGACCCAGAAAGGCCCUCACAAGAAGCCGCUUGGGUCCCCCAAGAAGAUUGUGACUGGGCUGACGCCUGCGCAAGAGGUCCAGCUCGUGCGCCACCUCGUCACCCCCAUUGACGGUCUCGCCGCCCAUGGCUACGUUUCAUCCGUUCCUACUGAGGCCGACAUCAACAAGGCCCGUGAGGGUCUCGAGGCCGCCAAGGGCUGGGAGAAGUGUGAUCGCUGUGACAAGCGCUUCCAGAUGUUCCCUGGCAGAAGAGAAGAAGACGGUGCCCUUGCUUCCGGCGGCACUUGCACUUUCCAUUGGGGCAAGACUUACUUCCCCGAGCGCCAACUCGGCGACAGAUCCAAGCAGCAGAAGCGCUACCGAUGCUGCGGUCAGGCAGUUGGAGACUCUGCCGGCUGCUAUACCAACCCUCAUCAUGUCUUCAAAGCUUCAGAUCCCAAGCGACUGGCCACCAUCCUCAACUACGCUGAGACGCCUGCCAACCCUAAUGCACCUUCCGAUAGAGCUGUGUGCUUCGACUGCGAAAUGUGUUACACAGUUCACGGCCUCGAACUCGUCCGUCUCACUGCCACAGCUUGGCCUACUGGAGAAGAGUUGUUGGACGUCCUCGUCCAACCGGUCGGCGAGAUUCUAGACCUCAAUUCGCGAUAUUCGGGUGUUUGGCCUGAAGACAUGGCGUCUGCGGAGCCAUGGUCCGCCGAACGAGAAGACCCUACCCCCGCACAAGCCAAGAAGAUGGCAAGUCCCAAGAAGACCAAGAAGAAGAUGAAGAUUGUAUCAUCUCCCGAGGUGGCACGCGACCUCCUAUUUUCUCUCAUCGCUCCCGACACUCCUCUCAUCGGCCACGGUCUGGAAAACGACCUGAACGCCGUCCGCAUAGUACACCCCACAGUCAUUGACACCGUCCUUUUGUUCCCCCACAAGCAUGGCCUCCCGUAUCGCCAGGGUCUGAAGAUGCUCAUGGACAACCUCCUCAACCGCAAAAUCCAGGUUGAGACAGCCGGCAAGGUCCAAGGUCACGACAGUGCGGAAGACGCUAGGGCUGCGGGUGAUCUUGUGCGUUUCAAGCUCUCGGAAGAAUGGAAGAGCAUGAAGCUCAAGGGCUGGAAGCUGAAGGGCAAUGAGUUCGUGCCACCUGGUGGAAAGGUGGACGACUUCCAUGACCAUCUGACAGUGGAGUUCCUGGAGUCUGCCCUUUAG